AUAGGCCAGGGCAUUGGCCAGCUGGGGGAUGGCCUGAAGAUUGGCCUGGCCAACUUUGCGUGCGGCCUGGACGCUGAGGGGUCCAAAGGCGGCGGCUUGAAGUAGGGCGGCCAGCAGCGCGGGGCAGUGGCCUGGGAGACGGGCUGAGGGACGGCCUGGGGACCAUGGGCAGCGGCCUGGGAGACGGGCUGAAGGGCGGGAUUGCUGCUGGCGUUGAGCCCGUCAAGGAGGGCAACAAGGCUGCGGGCAAUUCGUUCUCCAAAGCAUUUUCAGCAGCCAUGAAUAAGGGGGCCAUGUUCCGCAGCGUAUGUAGCGCUACCACGCCAGUUAUUGGCCUCUUGAGCUGGCUGUUUCCGUGUUGGCGCUAAAGCAUAUCCCGGCAUGAAUGCGUGUAGUAACGUGUGCCUUAACGUGUGCAUGAACGUCGAUGUGGUGUAUGCAAGGGAUGUCUGGGGUUCGGGGAUGCGUUUGUCGUUCAUUGAUGAUGGGAAUGCUCACUUGGUUGGCCCGGCACGGUGUAUUGUGUGCGAGACCGGAGUAAGGGACUAAGGGAAAGGCACAUGUACUUCCUCCGCAUUUGCAUUCUAGCGCACGUCUGCUGUGACUUGGGAGGGGCAAAAGUUUGAGUGGCCGUCAACACGUUCAACGCAAGAGCGGGGUUGGCUAUGACUGGUUCAGGGGGGUCCUGCAGUGGCCCUUGAGCUUUGUUCACGAGCGGCUAGCAAUGGGCAGCGUUGUAAUAUACAUCGGGCCCGCGGCCGCCAAGUUUGCAGAGCUUUUCAGUGCUGUCGGGAGCGUGCCAGGAUAGAUGUAAUGCGUGGGCGCUGCCCUGCGAUAGGAAUGAUCACGAAGGCCAACGGGACGAAGAGCAUUGAAGUGUUAUUAAGUGUACAGACACACGCGCAGAGUGUACUUUUUGGCGUCGUGGCAGUGCGGAGCAGAAUUGCUUGCUCACGGUGUGGUCAUGCUGUGGCCCAUUGGCCUGAAUAACAUUGUACAGUAGAGAGUACGAGAGGCUGCAUUAUGUAGACUUGCCUGGGAGACGGACUGCAAUGGGAAGGUGCUGGGCGCGUGUGUCAGCGCGCAUGUGCAUAGUGCGAAACACCCUGCGCCCAUAACUCCUGUCUGCAGAAAUAGAGAGCACUGGUAAUGCGUGACUGGCUGUGGCGACACGUGCUACUUUAUGUCACUAGAUGAUAGAAUGCGUGAGGAAGGCGGUGGGUGCGCGUGUCAGCACUAGUGUGCAUGGUGUGGAAGCGCUGCAGCCUGGACUUGGCAUGAAUAAUGCUGCUACGCGGCUGUGAUAUUGGGAGCGUUGGUAUCUAUGAAUGGCUGCCCGCCAAACGGAAGGUGCUGGGCUCCGGCCCAUGACUUGGCCUUGAGUAAAUGUCGGGUAAAGGCAACGUGCAACGGACUGGCUGAAUACCUCCGUGCUUAUGGCCUGCUGAGUCGUGUAUAUGUUGUGAGAAGGUUGGCGGGCAUCAGCGAACAACAACCAAACAACUGGCAAGACAUGUUUGUAACAUGGAACGUGU